AUGGGCAUGGACUUGGUAAUUGCAGGAUUUAAGAAAGAGGAAUUCCACAUCGCUGUGAGGCCGGCUGCGGGGCUCCCGGAGGCUGGCCACGGGGCAGGGCGGGGAGCCGAGGCCUCGGGGUCCCGGCGGCGGACGCGCAUCCCCCGCGUGGCCGUGGCAGGAGCACAGCUAAUUUCAGAGUAUUUUGAGCAGUGCAUUCAAAGACCAAGGCAUGAACAUUCUCUUAUGACUCCAAACCAUUUGCCACCCUCACCUUUACCUCCAGUGUUGCCUGGGUGCUUUCAAAAGCAAAACAAAAAACAAACAAACCCCAAAGAAACCAAAAAAAUGAGUGAGAGAAGCAGGAUGUCCACAUUCAUGAGGAGAAACGUGCAGUUACAGGAUGUGGUGUCAUUUGACGAUGUCACCGUGGACUUCACCUGGGAGGAAUGGCAGUAUCUGGACAACUCUCAGAGGACGCUGUACAGGAACGUGACGCUGGAGACCUUUAGCAGCCUGGUGUCCUUGGGGCUAUGCAUCUCCAAACCUGAGUUGAUCCUCAAGCUGGAACAAGGAGCAGAGCCAUGGACAGGAGGAGAAACUGCCAACAAGAGCCUGCCAGAUGUCCACAAUGUGGAUGAUAAAAAUGAGACCAUGCAGAGAAGUCAAAACAGAUAUCUAUGCCAAGCCAUUAUCACGAGUGACAGUAUGCCAACUGAGGAGACAGUUGUAUUACAAAGUACCAUGUAUGGGAACUCAACCAACAUUUGGAAUUUUUCUGGAAAUGAUGGAAACUAUGUAGGAACAAAGAAUGAGGAACUAAAGGGAUGUCAAAAGAAUUGUGUGCCACGUGAGCCUCAUGGGAUGUAUGCCGUGCAGACUGAUGGCUGUGCUAUAAAAUGGAAAUCCCUUACACAUCCUGAUGAUCUUGGCCAGAAUCGCAUGCCUCAAACUGGGCACCAAGAUUUUGAAUAUUGUAGACAUGAGGAAUCCACAAAGGAAUCAAACUUAAUGAAAGAAAAUACUCCACAUAAGAGCCUUCAUGUGGGGGUAACUUUUUGUAAGAAAUGUGAAUGUGAGGAAGACUGUGAUAAGUCAGGUGACAACACCAAGUUUGGAAGGAACACUGUUACUCAACUAUCUAACCUCACUAAACACCCCCAAACUCUCUCAGGUGGCACAUCUUGUGAAUGCCUUGAAGCUGUGACAGUGUUCACUGGCAAAUUAGAUAUGACAGUUUGUCAGAGGACACAUGAACAGACAAAAGCCUAUACAUGUGUUCAGUGUGAGAAAUCCUUCCAUAGUAAAUCUUCCUUUAAUGCUCAUCAGAAAAUUCACACAGGACAAAAGCGCUGUGCAUGUAAGAAACGUGAUAAAGCAUUUUAUCCACAUCCAGAACUCACUGUCCAUCACAAUACUCACAUGGGGAAGAGAGUCUUCUGCUGUAAUGAGUGUGGUAAAGCCUUUAAAAAUAAAUGGAACUUCAACAAACAUCAGAGAAUUCACACAGAUGAGAAACCAUAUGAAUGUAAGGAAUGUGGAAAGGCCUUUCUACUCAAGUCAUACAUCAGCAUGCAUCAGAGAACUCACACAGGUGAGAAACCAUAUGGUUGUAAAGAAUGUGGAAAGUCUUUUAGAACCAAGUCACAGCUCAACAUGCACAAAGGCAUUCAUACAGGUGAGAAACCAUGUGAGUGUAAAGAAUGUGGAAAAACCUUUUACCAAAAGGCAACCCUCAAGACACAUGAAAGAAGCCAUGCAGAUAAGAAACCAUAUGAAUGCAAAGAAUGUGGAAAGGCCUUUAAGCAUAAGGGGCACCUCAGGGUGCAUCAGAGAACUCACACAGGUGAGAAGUUGUAUGAAUGUAGAGAAUGCGCAAAAGCCUUUAACCAAAAGGCACACCUGAUGAAGCAUCAGAGAACCCACACGGGCGAAAAACCAUAUCAGUGUAAAGAGUGUGGAAAAACAUUUGUAAACAAGUCAUACCUCAUCACGCAUCAGCGAUCUCACACAGGUGAGAAGCCAUAUGAAUGUGGAGAAUGUGGAAAAGCCUUUGUAGACAGUUCAUACCUCCAAGCCCAUCAAAGAACCCACACAGGUGAGAAGCCAUACAAAUGUGAAGAGUGUGGAAAGGCCUUUAAACAUAAGUGGUACCUCAGGGUGCACCAAAGAACUCAUUCAGGUGAGAAACUAUAUGAAUGUAAAGACUGUUCCAAGUCCUAUUGUCAAAAGACACUACUCAGGAGGCAUCAAAUAACCCACACAGGUGAGAAGCCAUACGAAUGUGAAGAGUGUGGAAAGGCCUUUAAACAUAAGUGGUACCUCAGGGUGCACCAAAGGACUCAUUCAGCUGAGAAAUUAUAUGAAUGUAAAGACUGUUCCAAGUCCUAUUGUCAAAAGGCACUACUCAGGAGGCAUCAAAGAACUCACAGGGGCAAAACCAUAUGACUUAAAAAAAAUGGAGAAUGCAUUGACCUCCAUGUUGCCCUGAAAAGUUAUAUGAUAGUUCAUACAUUUCCGAAAUCUUACAAAUGUGAAGAAGCUGGGAAAACUAAUAGGAAGCUAACCCUUAGUUAACAUCAUGAAAGUCACAGGUGAUAGACCUAAUCAGUGUAUUCUAUGUGUAAACUUGUUUACGCAGAAAUCAGGCCCUCAUUGUAUGUGAGAGAAUUCGUACUGCAGAGAAACCCUGUGUGUUACUGUAUUUGGAAAUAUGUUUUCUGACUAAUCAAACAUAAACAAACAUUAGAAAACUCACAGGAAAUGCAAUACCAGUGAUGUCAUAAAUAAAGCAAUGGAUCUGACAGAUUCAGUCUUCAGAAUGUGUCCAGUGUCUCAUCAGAAAACUCUGAAUAUGAGCAUUGUGGAAGAUGUUCCUACAGUAAAUUAGUUUCCAGUAUACAUGUGAUGGGGGAACCUGUAGGCAUGUGUUGCAUUUGAAGAAUCCUUUCCAUAAGAGCUCAUACCUUACUAUUUUUCUGAAAAAUCACACAGUAUGGAAACCCUCUCACCACAAAUCAAAACUCACUGUAUAUAGCUAUUCAAAUAUGAGAAACCACAUGAAAGUUAAGAAUGUUGGAGAAUUUUAUACAAAGCCUAAAUGUACCCAAGAGAAUUCACAUAGGAAAUACAUUAUCAUGUCAUACAGAAAAUCCUUUUAUUUCAAGUCAGUCCUUACACAGCAUAGCAUCAGGGAACUCGCGUAACUGAGAAAACAUGCAUGUGACUAAUGUUGUAAUUCCUUUUACUAACACUCACACCUUAGUAAAUAUUAAGUCAUGCACACUGUAAAGAUACUCUUGGAAAUGUUACUAAACUUGGAAAAUGGUGUUUUGUUGGGCCUUGAGAGGCCCGGACUUGAGGUCUAGUGGAACUUCCUGAGCCUAGCUAAAGUUUGGUGACCUGUCUCUGGCCAGCUAGGACUCAGCAAG